AUGCCACGAGUGCCGCCGCUGGCUGCUUGCUGCGGCAGCACAGGCGGCCAUCGCGCUCCCAAGAAGAAGGUCGCGGCCGCGCCCCUGGCGACCAAGAAGGUCGUGAAGAAGGAGACCAACCCGCUCUAUGAGAAGCGGCCGAGGACCUUCGGCCUGGGCGGCGCGCCCCCGCCGACCGGCGACCUGCACCGCUUCGUCAAGUGGCCCAAGUACGUGCGCCUGCAGCGCCAGCGCCGCGUGCUGUCGAUGCGCCUCAAGGUGCCGCCGGCCCUGAACCGCUUCGUGACCCGCCACGUGGACAAGAGCCAGGCCGAGGCGCUGUUUAAGCUGCUGCUCAAGUACCGCCCUGAGGACCGCAAGGAGAAGCGCGAGCGCCUCAAGGCCGAGGCCGAGGCGCGCGCCGGCGGCAAGGAGCCUGACAAGAAGAAGCCCCUGGUGGUCAAGUACGGCCUCAACCACAUCACCACGCUGAUCGAGAGCGGCAAGGCGCAGCUGGUGGUGAUCGCGCACGACGUCGACCCCAUCGAGCUGGUGGUCUGGCUGCCCGCGCUCUGCCGCAAGGCCGGCGUGCCCUACGCCAUCGUGAAGGGCAAGGCGCGCCUGGGCGCGAUCGUGCACAAGAAGACGGCGGCGGCGCUGGCGGUGACGGCGGUCAAGAGCGAGGACCAGCGCGAGUUCGGCAAGCUGGUGGAGAGCUUCAAGGCGCAGUUCAACGAGGGCACGCGCGUCACCUGGGGCGGCGGCAUCAUGGGCAUCAAGUCGCAGCACAAGCAGAAGGCCAAGGAGCGGAUCCUGGCCAAGGAGCUCGCGCAGCGCGCGGCCGUCUAA